UUCCUGCUGUCGUCAUCGCUGCUGCCACCGCCAACGCAGUCAACCUAAUUAAGUGGACUAGGAUUGCAGGAAAUCGAUAUCGCGGUUUCCAGCAUCUGCAACCCUGUUCAUUAUAAACAAACUGUUGAUUCUUUACAAAAGCGUAUUUUAAUUUUUAUUGUCGUUUUUUAAAAAAAAAUUGCACUCACAAUAUUCUGCUUGAUCUGUAGGUAUCUCCUUUACUGUUACAAUCUAUCAGACUUUUCAUAUUUUAUUCCUUUCUAAGAUAUUUCUUAUACUUCACAUACUUUUAGCAGUCAAUGCACUUUCUAUAUUUGCCUUUUAACUGAUAAUCUUUAUCUAUAUUUCCCUUUCUACUUUCUUUAUAUGAUCUGUCUUUCCUUCACUUUCUACAUAUUGUUUAGUUCAUGUGGAGCAGCAGUUCAAUAAUAACUGGAUAUUUUUGGAUCUUGAAAAAAAAAAAGAAUUAUUAAUAGGAAAACUUGCGCAGGAAUAUAACAUAUGAAAAAGAUGCUAAAGUGAACGAGUCGCUUGAAAACGGACUUAUACUGAACUAGAAAAAGUGUUUAAAGUAGCAGGACUAAGAAAGGUGGAAGCGGUGGCGGUGAUGGCAGAAAGUGUGAAACAGUAUGAUCAUUAUUUUUUAGUAUGAAAAAAUCUACCUCUCACUAAAUCUUCAUUGGAAUUUUAAAAGCUAGGUGAGGAAAAGAAAAGAUAGAAAAAUACUGACAUUUACAGCGGGGAAUUUGGCUGAAAGUUUCGUGAUCAUCACCGUCAUCGUUGACGUUAUCAUCAUUAACACAUCAUCAUCAUCAUCAUCGACAUCAUCAUCAUCAUCAUCAUCAUCAUCAACAUCAUCAUCAUCAUCAUCAUCAUCAUCGACAUCAUCAUCAACAUCAUCAUCAUUCAAACAGUUCUUUUCCCUAUCCAUUUCUUUAUAAUUAAUCAUUGCCACUCUACAUUAGAAUAAUCAAUAUGAUUAUCUAACAUCUUCUCAUUUGUCAUAUAUGAUUUAAUUUAAAUAUUAGCCUUUUUAAGAUGAUUUGAAUAACAGCCUACACCGUUAUGUUUGUUUUAAAGAUAUUUGAACGGUUUUCUAACUGAAGAAAAUUACUUUUUCAGCAUCUACCUAAUAUUUCUUCUAAGUUUCUCUUCCUUCCUCGAUAUUUUUGAUAUGUUCAUACUACAAGAACACGAACUCUAGUUCAGAGUGCUUUAUGUAGAGGAAAGUUAACGGUGCACAAAAAGUUAUUUAAAUUAUAACAGAAGCUGUGCUAAUUAAAACUAACUGAAGUAGACUGUAAUCUAUACAGAAUUUUUACUUCAUGAAAUAAAAUUCCAGACGAAACAACUAUCGCACUAUUUGGAAUAAAUUUUCCUAUCUUUUAUUAUUAUUUUUUUUUUCAUUUUUUUGCUUCAUUACACAAUUCACAUGGAUUAAAAUUCCAGGAAGCAAAAGCAAUUUUCAGAUAUCUUUCCGGAGAAAACUGCCAGUCGUUGAAUUUGAUACAGGAACACGGGUACAGAAUGAGUUAUGCAUCAGAUGAUGAUGACUGUGUUAAUUCUCCGGAUAUCGAUAGCCACUUCAGUGACAGCUCAAUGUUUUACGAUGAUGAGUACCAAUUUAUUGAUGCUUGCAUUGAUGGAGAUCAUGAAGCCGUCCAAGCGAUUCUUGAAGACGACUGUACGCGAGAGGAGAUAAAUGAAAGGGAUAGAUCCGGCAGAACGGGAAUUAGUCACGCUUGUUCAAGCGGUUUCUCUACAAUAGUAGAAAUGUUAGCAGAAGUACCAGAAGUUGAAGUAAACAUUCCAGAUAAAGAAGGAAAUACGCCACUCAUUUUUGCUGCUCAAGCCGGACAGGAAGAAUGUGUACGUAUUCUUCUACAUGAGUAUAAGAAGAUACGUGUCGAUCAUGUUAAUAAAGCUGGUUUUUCUGCCUUAAUGAAAGCAGCAAUUCAAGGCCGAACAAAAUGUGCAAAAUUACUUUUAUUUGCUGGAUCUUCUCCAAAACUGAGAGACUAUGGUCGGAAACUAUGUGCUGAAGAAUGGGCAAGGUUUACUGGCCGUUAUGACUGCGCUGAAGCUAUAGCUAAAUUUACAAAAGCUAAACGGUUUGUCCUGAGAACCCGAUUUCAAAAUUCUCGGAACAAAAGCUGUAGUGAACCCGACCUAUCUUGUCAAGCUACACCAGAAACCAAUGAUGGUCACAGUAAAAAUGUAGACAGCAACUCCGAACACCGAACUAGACAAAGUUGGUUCCGCAAGAAGUUUAAGAAGCUAUUACAUAUUCAGCAUGAUAUGUUUUCUCGCCAUAUUGGUUCAGAAAUGGAAUUAGGUGGGAGUCCCUUUCAGAUGAUCGCCAGAUGCGUGUCAACACCUCUAAUUCCUGGUGCCAUCUCGCCGUCCGACUCACCACCUUCUAUGCGUAAAAAUAAUGGUUCCGAAGGCAUCAAGAUUCCUCGAGUGGAAGUAACAACUGCAGAUACAAACGUUUCAAAACAGAUAGCUGAAGAUCCUUCCUAAAUUUUGAAACCAAGAUAAAAAAAAUAUUCAAGGGAUCAAAGAUAAUGUCUAUCUCAAAAUAUUUCCGAAAAAUGCCAAAUCAAUCCUUAUUAAAAUAUAUAUAUAUAUAUCUAAAUGCACAGAGGUGUAUAUGAUUAUUUGGUUUAUAAAUGUUAACACAAUCACACAUGAAUGAAAAGUGUUUCUUUUUCGUUUUUUGACGAAUUAUUAUUCAAAUCAUUGUAAUAUGGUUCCAAAAUGGUUCUCGAAUAUUAGAGAAAAAUGAUAUUUUCAUAAUAUUUCCAUCUUUAAUUCUAUGUCUGUUGCUGGUAACAAUAGAUUCUGUUCACCCUCGUUCACUACAAAUUGCCUUAAAAGAGAAUUGAUAUUCACUAAAUGGUAAUUAUUGUCUUGUUUGGAACAUGUCAGUAAAUUUGUCAAAUUAAACAUCUAAAGUUCAGAAGGUUUUUAAAGCUGGCAUAUUUUUCUUAAAAUAAUUACGAUUAUCUUCCAAAACAGAUCUUCACUUUCACAUAUCUAGAUUUCUAACACUAAAUAAAAUAAGUAGCUCGUUUUUUUUUGGUUUUUUUUUAUUCUCAUUAGUCACAAAAUCUUAAUAAAUUUUGAUUUCCUAAUAAGUGUUGAUACUUUUCUUUCCACUGAGUCUAUUCAGCGAUCCUCUAAUGUUUCUAAUACAAAUAUUUUACUUUGAUAAUGCAUUUGAGAAAGAUGCAGAUGUUAAUAGCCUUCAUUUUCUUCCACAUAAAUCCUGUUUUUAUAGCUACCAAAGAAUGCAGCAAAA